AACAGCCUGGCGUGUAAUGAAUCUCUAGCAACUAUCAGGGGCAGAUAGCCUAAAAAGUGUUAUUAUGUAUUUCCCUCUCGUGAUAAAACUCUCAUCUGUUUAAUGUUUCAUCUUCAAGGACAAAAUGCAGCUUACAGCCGGCCCCGACCUUGUUUAAAGGACAGCGGCGUUCCUGGGGGUAAUCACUUUGCCUUUUAUCAGGAUGAGUUCUGAGGAAGAAGCCUCAUCACCCAGCUCAGGAACUGAGGGCUGGGAAAAUUGAGCCGACUCACCCCAUCCGGCUGCUCCCCCGGGAACAGCCGCUCUCCGCGCCGCCCGGGACCUGAGCUUCGGCCAAACCGCCCUUCUUCACCACGUGACCGCCGCAGUUCCAUGGACCAAACACAGAGAAGAAUGCUGGACCAGCCCCUUUCCAUCCCCACUGCCCAGCCCAAGAAGAAAAGGACAUCAGUGAUAUCUUUCUUUUCCAAGGUCUCUUGGAAACUGAGGCUCCAGAAGCAGGAGCCUUUGAAGAAUGUGUUUUUCAACUUGGCAGAGAGAGUCUGGGACUCCAGUGUUAAAAAGCGUCAUAUGGCAAUGAGAAGCCUGGGAACUAUGGCCUGUGAGACCCCGGACAAGGUGAGAAAGUAUAAAAUGAUUGUCCUGGACCUGCUGGUGCAUGGACUGUAUGACCCCGUGAGUUCUGAAGUCAUCCACGAGAGCCUGAAGACCCUGACCAUCAUCCUGGGCAAGAUCCAGGGGAAAGGCUUGGGCUCCUUCUUCAUAGACAUCACCCUUCGGACCAGGACUUUGUUAGAUGACGAGAAUGACAGCCUGAGAUACUUGGCCUUUGUCUUGUUUGGGCAACUGGCUGCCUUUGCUGGGCGGAAAUGGAAGAGAUUUUUCACCCGUCAGGUGAAGCAGACUCAGGAUUCUCUCCUGACCCAUUUACAGGAUAGGAAUCCCCAGGUUGCCAAGGCUUGCAAAACAACUUUUCGAGCCUGUUCUCCGUAUCUGAGACAAAGGAAGGACUACAGCUUCCAGAGUGAAGAAGAUCAAAGGAACCCUAAACUCUGCCGGCAGCUGAGCCACUAUCAUCCAGAGCUCCUGCAGUUCUUCUAUGCAAAUAAAAUCCUGUAAACACAGAGCAGCAGGGAAAUGGUUCCAGUGAACACAUUGCUGGGGGCUGAUAUUCCCCCUUUUAACUCUUUGGAUGCUUCCGCUGCUUCUUGUGAUUAUGAUAGAAAAGGGGAUGUUGGGAGAGCAAUUGAUGGCAAAAAAUGAUACUGUGGAAUUGUAUAAUUACACCCAAAGUAAA